AUGGUGAUGAUGAUGAUGCUUGUGCUGCUGGACGUGGACUUCCCGUGCGAGCAGCGGGUUGGUGGACUUGUAGGUGGUGGAGUGGUGGUUUGUGGGUCUUGCUCUGCGACAGGCGUGGUAGUCUCCGUGGCUAUGUGUGGAUGCUGCGUCACUGUCGUCGGCGCUGAGGUCGGUGUCGAGGGUGCGCAGAUGUGCGUCGUGGCUGUGGGGGGUUAG